GCUUUUCUUCUUUUGCCCGCUGAUUCGCUUCUGGCUCUCACUGUCUCCUUCUGGACCCCACAGGAGGCGAACCAGUGGCGCGAGAGACUCUGAAAUCCGCCCUGGUUCAAUGCUCUCCGUCCGGUCUCCCUGCACAGGUUUUCGCAGCUCGACCGCGGGCAACAGCAAAGCCGACUCUUUCCCUUCUUCCGAUUUCGUUUUCUGUGUGUCUUCCGUUCUCCCCUUGUCUCCUUGUUCUCUGCAGCGUCUCCAUUCGGCUCAGGGUCUCUCCUCGCCGUUCGCGUCCCGCCCUCUGUCUUCCCUUCGUCACCCGUGCCUUGCCCCUUGGCCCUGUCCUAUUCUCGUCGUUGGAAGAAAGAACGUUUUAUCUUCAUAAGAAACGAGAGACCAUGAGGGGUGCAUGCAGAAGGAAGGCUUUUUCUGGGCCUCGAGCACCUUCCGCUUCGUCCUUCUCUUCCUUCUCUUCCUCACUCUUCCCUUCCUUCUCGGCUUGCUCAUUCUCACCUGUCCUUCGCCGGUCUUCUGCCUCCUUCAUCGCUUCGCUUCCAGUGUCUCCUCAUCGUUCGCUGACAGGACGUUCUUCUGUAUACUCGUUUUCAGUGUCUCGACGCUCCUCGGCUCCCCUCUUUCCGGACUCUCUACCCUCUGCGCUCACGCCGCGUUCCCCGGCUUCUCUCCCUCCUUCUUCCCCUGUGAGGUCCUCGCCUGGCGUUUCCUUUCAGCCUCCUGCAGCCACAGAGGUGCCUCGACUUCCUUCCCCCCACUCUUCUUCUUCUUCUCGCUCUCUUUCUUCUCGCGUGCGAACCCAGGAGUCUUUUCGCGACCUUCUGAGUCGUCUGGAAGCCGAAGGGGCGCGAGAGACGGAGGAGGAAAGGACAACCAGCCCCCCAGCGGGGAGACAUCCAGCGUCCGGCCAAGUGUCUCCUCGCAGUUCGCCAGGCUCCUCUUUCGAAGCUCCUGGGUCGUCGGACUCUGCAGCUCCUUUGACGCAGAGAGAGCUUCUUUGGAAGCUUCUUCAGUCUUUUUCGGCGUACUAUGACCGCCAUUUCAUCUACCCCGGCUGCUCCCCCUCUUCGUCCGUCCACCAGACUUCUUCUUCCUCUUCUUCCUCUUCUUUUGCUUCUUCUUCUGCUUCUUCUUCUUCUUCGGAGUCUUCAACUUGUCCUCGGCCUUCAGGUACGAGUGAAGCCGAGCCUCCUGGCGGCGGGUCUGCCUCUCCGCGCCCUGUUUCUUUUGCAGAGGCGUUUGCGUCUGUGUCGGUCGCUUUAGGCCUUUUGGGGUUUCAAGUGCUGCUGGCCGUUUCGAGUAUCUGGGCGUCUGAUAUUCUGCCGGCGUCGUCGAAGAACGAGGAGGAGGCGCGCGAGGCCGCGGAAACUCUCGUGCGCUUCCGGCUGUUCUUCUCGUCUGCAGCCAACCAGGUAUCCUUCUUCUCUCUCUUUUCGUCUGACAGACUCGGCGCGGUCGGUCUGCCUUCCGACUCGCCUCCGGUUUCUCUCUCCUCUCUUUGCGGCGACGUCUGGCGCCUCGUCGCCCCUGCCCUCUUCCCCGCAGAUGUGACGCCUGCGGCAUCUGUGGUGAAAGUGACUUGUCUCCUUCUUUCGACCGCUCUGUUGCAGCGCGCGGUCGGCGCCAAAGCCACGCUUGCGGGGCUUGGCCUCUCUGCCGCAGCUUCUUCGUUUGUGUCUCUUCUCGCUUACCACUGUUUCAGUGACGGUUCUCUCCAUGUCUCGGGGACGAAUGGGCCGCUGUUCUUCACUUCGGCGCUGCUGGUGGCUCUGCCGGGGCUCCGCGGCGGUCCCGUCUCGGUGGAGCCCGGCGCCGCAUCUGUGGAUCCCAAGGGCCCGGGCGUCUCCACCCCACACGGAGGCGGGGCCGCGCGACAAGGAGACACUGGAGACGGAAAGGGCAAGCGACCUGUGGGAAGAGACAAGAAGAUCUUGAGUGUUCUGCCCAGAGUCCCCAUUGCAGCAACGGCGCUCGCAGUGCCUGUGUUCUUCGAGCUCGCCCUGAAAGCUCCAGCCGCACUUUCGACUGUCCUCCUCCACAGCGCUGCAGACGGAGGAGACAGACAAGGAAAGAGUGGAGAGGAGAAGACAGAGAAACGAACGGAAAGCGGGACAGAACCCCACAGAGAAGACGAGACGAGCACCGCGGGGGGCGGAGCCGAGAAAAACCAAAGUGACGCUUCUGGGGAGGGCCGACGGGCCGCGGGACAGACGGAGACACAGGAGACACGGUGUCGGCGAGAUGAAGCUGUGAAGGUGACAGUCAUUGCCAGUCCUCCGGAUACGGAGACAUCCGUGGGUGGUGCUCGUCUGUCGAGCCCUUUGCCUCCGGACUCGCUGUCUCCUGCUGGCUCUUCCAUCCCGCCCCAGUUGAGUAUUGGAGAUCUCCAAAGAAAAGUCUUGUUUGAGGCAGCCUUGGCAUCCGGAGUUGCUGCCGCCCUCGAGCGACAGAAAGAGCGAGGAGAAACUGUCUCCAGAGAUCUCCGCCGAUUACGCAUCGAAGCCGAGGCGGCUGCGGAAGAAUGGGAACGGCAGUGGACGGCCCUGGAGUUCCGGGACUUGCGGGUCCUCGGCGAUUUGUUUGUGUUUCUCCUCACUGUCUUUGGAGUUCGAUGUGGUCGGGCUUUCUCGCGUUAGUGCUGCUUUUUUUUAGGUUGGUAAUUCGUUUUUCUCUGAGCAUCCGGGGCGAAGGCGACGCGACUCACACGGACGAGCGUCGCUGAUGAAAAUUAGGAGCAGGAAGACUGGUUCUCGAAGGACUGUUCGGGGUUUCUGAGGACACAGAAGAAACAGCAGAACCUUGUAAUAUAUUUCUGUCCUUGUGGAUUUGGAUGUGUGCAUUGCCGCUUCCUUCUCGUGUGGCCUGUGCCUAGAUUCCCCUUGAAACUCGAGCUUGCUGACAACGGUUUCUCCGGGUUUCGGCUAUCUUCCGUCACUCCUCUUCAUUUGCUUCGCUCGGCGCCUGAAAGCUACAAGCGAGAAAAGUUUCACAUGCGCAGGUGGACCAACGAUCCCUGUACGGGUGGUAUCUACGUAACUCCUCAGUUGAGUUUAAUUCCAGUUUUUAACUCAUUUGUCUUCUUUGUGUGUGGCGCGCUGUCGUGUGCCGGGUUCGAGAGUUGACGUGACUCAGCACAAGAAGCCGUGGAGCCGGUAAAGAAAGGCUUUCAAGAUCUGAAAGCAGUCGUCGAACUCGUAGUGCCUACUCGCCAGAAAAGCUUGUAAAUACUGCCUCAGAUGGUUACUCCCAAAACGGUGGUGCUGAUCAUCCUAGCAUCUGACGAGUCGUUUUCUUUCGCAUUCGCUCUUGUUUGUUGCCGCAAGUUUCUGGCCAACCUACAGUUGCAGUCGAGGUGUAGAAAACUCUCUUCAACCCACGGCAUUCUGUUUGGCUCUGCUUCUUCCUUUUGCGGCUUUCGGACUUCGCGUCGCCAUAUCCCCUCUGGACGGAAACUUGCUGGGAUCAA